AGUGUUCCCACUUGUUCGGAGCCAUGGAAGAGUCUGGCACAUCUGACAACAGCAACGUGACGUACAUAUUUUCUGGUCAUGACCAUACGCUCGGAAACUCCUUGCGAUACAUGCUGAUGAAGGAUCCGAAUGUGGAGUUUGCUGGCUACACAGUACCUCACCCAUCAGAGCCAUACAUGAAUGUCCGUGUGCAGACGCAUGACGGCAAUACGGCGGACGCAGCUGUCGAAGGCGCGCUGAAGAACAUCUCCUGGGUCUGUGAUCAUGUUUUGACUACCUUCCAGGAGGCAAAAGAGAAGUUCAAAUCUGGUGCAAAAUAAAAAGAGGAUUGCUUGAUAGGAAUUGUAUGGUGGGCACGAAGUUGUGCAGCUUUGUCAGAAAGAACUGAGUGCUAAAGCGCUAUGCCCUACAAUCUUUGUAGUCCAAAAUUCACCUCGCCCUGCAUGCGGGAGGGGAGACGGUUGGUGGUAGCCUGCAAAUCAGAGCAGCCUAAAGUGAGAGUAUCUCCUGUGUCGA